GCGGCGGCCGGGAGGAUGCGCAAGAACUCGCGGGCCGACGGGGGCCCCGCCGAGCAGCCCCCCGGCAAAGGCGCCGCCGCCGCCACCGGCGCCUACAUCAACCGCCUCAUCAAGGUGGACGCCCAGGAGAAGAACGGGAAGGGCUACGGGCCGCCCGGCGCCGAGCCCGACAAGGGCAGGAGCCCCAAGGCCGAGACGGUCAUCAUCGUGGAGGACUACGCGGACCCCUAUGACGCCAAGCGCACCAAGGGGCAGCGGGAGGCCGAGCGCCUGGGCGAGAACGACGGCUACAUGGAGCCCUAUGACGCCCAGCAGAUGAUCACAGAAAUCCGCCGCCGCGGCUCCAAGGACCCGCUGGUGAAGGCCCUGCUGCUGCUGGACGGACCUGGCGAGGCCGCCGACAAGGGGGAGGCCGCCAAGCGCCCCGCGCCCAAGGAGGCCCCCAAGGGCCCCCAGCUCUACGACACCCCCUACGAGGGGGGCGAGGGGCGGCUGCCCCGCGACGACGAGCGGCCCCCGGCCGAGUACGAGCAGCCCUGGGAGUGGAAGAAGGAGCAGAUCGUGAAGGCGCUGGCGGUGCAAUUCGAGGGCUCGGAGCGGCCCAAGGAGGAGGCGGCGGCGCCGGCGCGGCAGCACCUGCGGCAGAAGAGCUGGAGCGCCAAGAUGCUGAAGGCGGCGGAGGGCGGCGAGGGCGAGCGCGUGGACCCGGCCGUGGCGCUGGAGAAGCAGCCCUGGUACCACGGGGCCAUCACGCGGGCCGAGGCCGAGAGCCGCCUGCAGCAGUGCCGCGAGGCCGGCUACCUGGUGCGCACCAGCGAGAGCGGCAGCGGCAAAUACUCCAUCGCGCUCAAGACCAGCCAGGGCUGCGUCCACAUCAUCGUGGCGCAGACCAAGGACCACAAGUUCACGCUGAGCCAGGCGAGCGGCGUCUUCGGCAGCGUGCCCGAGGUCGUGCACCACUACUCCACCGCCAAGCUGCCCUUCAAGGGCGCCGAGCACAUGGCGCUGCUCUACCCGGUGCGCUGCAAGCUGCACUAGCCCCCCGCCC